AUGUCCAACCAAAGACAGGCCUCUUCGGCCUCGCAAGUGCCUCACAUCUCGCCCGCAGAACUUUCCUACCUCUACACCUCUCUCUCGCUCCCCAAGACACCCAUCCGCCCCGAUGGUCGAUCACCCACACAGUUCCGGCCAUUGACGGCUGAAACCAACAUUCUGCCCGGCACAAACGGCAGUGCGCGCAUCGGAUUCGCAGACGGAACCCAAGCCAUCGUCGGUGUCAAGGCCGAGGUCGAAAAGACCAUCUUGGCGAAUGAGACGCUCGCGCGGAGCGAUCGCGGCGCGGGCCCAGAACUGGCAGAUCAGGAAGGGUCUGCUGCGGUCGGUGGUCAUGGAUCAUGGGUGCAGAUGUCGAUUGAGAUUCCGGGAUUCCGGGAUGAUGAUGCGUUGCCGGUUUUCCUGUCGGAAAUGUUGAGGGAGAGUUUGGUCGGUGCGGUGGGGACGGAUGAGACGAGUGAUAUGACCGGUGGGUUGAAGGGACGAUUGGUGAUCAAUAAACGGUGGCAUUGGCGCUUGUACAUUGAUGUCCUGCUUCUUUCACAACCUCUGGCAUAUCCUCUCCCACUCUUGUCGCUCACCACACAUCUCGCGCUGUUGUCUACGAAACUGCCUAAAUUAAAGUCGCAGGGUGAAGAAGAUCCGUUUUUCGACGACGAUUGGGCUGUCGCCGAAUAUCUCUAUCCUCGCGCCUCGCCUUCCUCUCAAUCGUCCCUCGUCCGACCACCCGUCACUCUGCUCGUCAUUUCCGUCGGCGAGAAUAUCAUUUUUGACCCGAACCGAGAGGAAAUCGCCGUGGCGGACGCGGUGCUGGCGAUUUCCAUCACGCGCGACACGCAGGCGGGUAAUCUGCGACUCCUCUCGAUUCGCACCGUCGAUCCACCUUCUCGGUUGACUCAGCCCGGUGUGCCCAACUCGGAGAAUGUGAACAUGCUGGGCGCAGUUGCACCGACGGAUGAUAUUGCCGUGUUGAAUCCGGCUACGGGCGAAGAGGAAGUGCCGGGCGUGUGGCGCCCUCGACGAGGAGGUGUCAAGCGGAGUGUGAUUUCGGAGAUGGUCAAGACAGUAUUGAAGAAGGGGGGCGUUGGUGAGGAGGUUCUGGAGGGACUGGAAGGGGUGGAGAUUUCAUCAUAA